ACUUUGUGGGUUGAUAUAAAGCCUGAUAAUUGUAUCCGAACUUUCCUAACCAAAUCAACUUUCCGGUUUAGGUUCGGUUCUGUUUUCUGAACCGCUUUCGGUUCGAUUCCUUUUAAUCUUCUUCUCAUAAUCGCAUACUUGAAACGACGUCGUAACAACGUUUUUUUGUGUCUCUUUUUGUUAGAAGAAGCGAUGGAAUCUUUGCCGGAAGGAGAUAGUGAUGAUCUAUGGUAACGAUGGAUGAAUACAAAGCGAAAUCGAAGCUGAGCGAGAGCUCAACCUCCACCGUCUGGCUAGCGAAGCACAUGUUAACCGGAGAAGAAGCGGUGAUGAAGUGUUUCGAUCUCUCGAAGCUCAAUCACAAUCUCAGAAUCUGUUUGGAAAACGAGCUCGAUUUUCUAUCUUCCGUCGAUCACCCCAACAUCAUCCGCCUCCUCCGAGUUCUCCAGGAGAAGGACUUACUCAUCAUGAUUCUCGAGUAUUGCGACGGUGGAACUCUAUCUUCGUACAUCAAGCGUCACGGGAGAGUUCAAGAACAUAUCGCCAGAAGAUUCAUGAAGCAAAUUGGAGCUGGUUUAGAAAUCAUUCAUGAUAAUCACAUCAUCCAUAGGGAUCUUAAACCAGAGAACAUUUUACUAGCUGGAUCAGGUGAUGAAUCGGUGUUGAAGAUAGCUGAUUUUAGUCUAUCAAGAAAGCUGCUUCCGGGAAAGUAUCUAGAGACAGUGUGUGGUUCUCCGUUUUACAUGGCUCCUGAAGUUCUUCAGUUUCAGAGAUACAAUGAAAAGGCUGACAUGUGGAGCGUAGGAGCAAUUCUUUUCGAGCUUCUUCAUGGCUAUCCACCUUUCAGUGGUUUUAAGGAACAUCAAAUCUAGUUUAUCUUGUCCUUUCUCUCGGUCCAUUGUUCAGCAGUUGCAUCCAGAUUGCAUCGACGUAUGUUCAAGGCUGCUUUCUACUAACCCAGGUACAUAAAAAAAAAUCGCCCAUUUUUUGGUUUAUAUAUCGCUGCAUAUUCAGUUAGGAAUGGCAAUUGGGACAACCCGCCCCGCCGUGGCCCGCCCCGCUGCGGUCUCUAUCUCUGGCGGAUCUUUGCGGGUCAGCCCGCCGUAACCCGCGGUUCCCAAACCUCUACCCAAACCCGCCCCGCUUGCUAUAUAGGACUUUGCGGUCCGGCCCGCGGGUAGUGAAAAUGCUGUCCUCAUUUCUUUGUUGUUGCUUGACUCGUGUGGUGGUGGUUCAUGUGUGUCUAAUUUUGUAGUAAAGCUUCUCAGCACAUCUAGUGACAUUAAAAAAAAAAGAUAAGAAGGUUGGUUGUCAAGCUUUUUAAUGAGACCAAACAAGUGGUAUACAAUGGGUGCAUACCUCUCACAAGUUACGAGUUUUUUAUAACCAUCAUCAUCAAGCAACUUAUAAGACAAAUGACAAUUAACAGUAAAACUUUAAAACAAUUAACCGUAAAACUUUAAAACUGAUAACUUCUUA